AUGUUCGAUCCCAAGGGAACGGGUUUUGUGCGACGUGAUGACGUCUGUAAUGCCCUCCGUUGGUAUCCAAACGAACCAGGUUUUUUGGGAGACGUUGAGGUUCUUGCUAACGACAUGUCUCAGCGUAAACGUGAAUCUGUCAUCAAAAUUAUUUUGACCACCCUUGCUACAAAGAAACCUAAAAAGGAGAAGUUAAGGAUGAUCAAGAAGAAGCUAGAGGCUCUUUACGGCACUGGAUGGAAUGUGUUCAUAGCCGAGGGACGCUACUGGGCAGUGUGCUCUCACAAACCCGGAUCAAACCUAACGUUUAUCCACCGCGGUGUUGUAUAUGGCGUUUUUCAAACACCCUCAGACAGUGACUUUAUGGAAGAGUUACAUGGCCCAGUUCGACCCAAAAAAGACCGGAUAUAUCACUCGAAGGGAUCUCUGCAAUGCACUGAAUUAUUACCCGAAUCGGACGUUCACAUUAUUGAAUCAGAUGCGCCUCAACAUCAACGAGAGUCAAUAAUCAGCAUCAUUCUCGGGGAAAUGAAACACGAUGGUCAACCCAAGGAGAAGCUCUACAGGGCAAAAAAGCGUAUCGAAAAGCUCUAUGGAAAGGAAUGGAAUAUAUUCCAGGCCUACGGUGGCUAUUGGGGCUUGUGUCAGUAUAGGGUCUCGACAAACCUCUGGUUCAACCACAAAGGCAUCACCUACGGAGCUUUCCAAGUACCAGACUCAACGGACACUAUUAAGUCGUCACGCCAUUAA